AUGAAUCCUAGUCUUUAUUCAAGAAUAGAUGCAUACCUUAAAUACAACUUGAAAGAUCAAAAUUGCAAAAAAUUUUUGUUUGAUUUUGAAUCAUACAAGAAAAAUGAUUUUCAAAGGUAUAAAAACGAAAUUUCAUUUGAUAAUCUAGUUGCCAAUAAUGAGCUUCUAAGUAUAAUAGUCAAUGAUGAUGUUAACAAGCUUAUAGAAUAUGUUGAUAGUGAUUCUUAUAAAACAAAAACGACAAAAAAUGACAAAGUAUUUUCUAUACCUUAUUAUUUGCGUAAAUCAAAAGAAAUAAUAGAAAUAGCGUGCUAUUUCGGAUCUAUAAACUGUUUGAACCAUUUGCUGGAAAAUUACAUCGCUAAAAGAAAUUCAAAUCUUCAAUAUUAUGCAAUACAAAGCGGAAACUUAGAAAUAAUUCGAAUUCUCGAUGAAAAAGGAUUUGAUUUUAUUGAUUAUUUACAAUAUGCUUGCUAUUUCCAUCAGAAUGAUAUCUUUUUCUGGAUUCUUAAUGAAAAGAAACAUCUGAUAUUUAAUAAAAUCAAUCUCUUCAACAAAUGCUUGAUUGAAUGCGCAAAAAGUGAUAAUUUGAAGCUGUUUGUUUAUUGUCUUGAUAGCAAAGCUAAUAUAAGUUACUGCGAUGAUCAAAAACGGAACUGUCUCUCCUAUGCAUGCGAGUAUAAUAACGAAGAAAUUGUUUAUAUUUGUCUUGAAACAAAGUCAUCAAUUUCAAACAAAAAAGAUAUAAGUGGAUCAACUCCAUUGCAUCAUGCUGUAAGAAAUUAUCAUAAAAAUAUCGUUGAAAUACUUCUAUCAUUCAAAGAUGUCGACUUGACUAUUAAAGAUUCAUUUGAAAAAACAGCAUUUGAUUAUGCAAAUGAUGAAAUUAAAGAUAUAUUCCUUGCAAAUGAGAAACUUAAACAAUCUUGUGAAUAA